AUGCAGUGUGUCCCCACGCUACUCCUGGCGCUGCUUCGCCUCUGUUUGGCCCAGGCCAACUUCGCCCCCCAUUUCUUCGACAACGGGAUAGGCAGCACCCACGGAAACAUGGCGCUGUUCAGUCUCCCGGAGGACACCCCUGUAGGGUCUCAUGUAUACACACUGAAUGGGACUGACCCCGAGGGAGACCCCAUCUCCUAUCACAUCAACUUUGAUCCCAGCACCAGAAGCAUCUUUUCCAUUGAUUCCAAUUAUGGAAACAUCACUCUGAUUGAAGAGCUGGACCGGGAGACAGAAGACGAGAUUGAAGCCAUCAUCAGCAUCUCUGAUGGCCUGAAUCAGGUAGCAGAGAAAAUCAUGAUCCUAGUAACUGAUGCCAAUGAUGAGGCACCCAGGUUCAUCCAUGAGCCCUAUGUCAUACUGGUCCCUGAGGACACACCUGCUGGGAACAGCAUCUUUAAGGUCCGUGCGGUGGACAAAGACACAGGCUCUGGAGGGAGUGUCACCUACUUCCUGCAGAACCCACACUCCACUAUGUUUGCUAUGGACCGCCAGAGCGGAGUGCUGCGCCUGCAGCCCGGAACGACAUUGGACUAUGAGAAGGCCCAGACCCACCUUGUCACAGUGGUUGCCAAGGAUGGAGGAGGGAGGCUCCGGGGAGCUGACAUCUCCUUUUCAGCUACCACUACCAUCACAGUCAGCGUGGAGGACGUCCAGGACACAGCCCCCAUCUUCGUGGGCACACCCUACUAUGGCUAUGUGUAUGAGGACUCUCUUCCGGACUCAGAGGUGCUGACUGUGGUGGCCAUGGAUGGAGAUCGAGGCAAACCCAACCGCGUUCUCUACAGCCUCAUGAACGGGAGUGAUGGAGCCUUUGAAAUUAAUGAGACAUCUGGAGUCAUAUCAAUCAUGCAGAGCCCUGCUCAGCUCCGAAGAGAAGUGUAUGAGCUCCAAGUUCAGGCAACUGAAGUCAGCUCAGCAGGGCACUCAGCUGCCUACACCAUGGUCUCCGUUACCAUCAGGAUUGUGGACCUCAACAACCAUCUCCCAACAUUCUAUGGAGAAAAUGGACCACAGAACAAGUUUGAGCUGUUCUUGUAUGAGCAUCCACCCCAGGGUGAGAUCCUUCGGGGACUUAAGAUCACAGUCAAUGAUUCAGACCAGGGAGCCAAUGCCAAAUUUAACUUACAGAUGGUUGGACCUGGGGACAUCUUCCGAGUUGUCCCUCAAACGGUCCUGAAUGAAGCCCAAGUCACAAUCAUUGUGGAGAAUUCUGCUGCCAUUGAUUUUGAAAUGUCCAAAGUGCUAGCCUUCAAGCUCCUGGCCAUUGAGGUGACCACCCCAGAGAAGUUCAGCUCUACAGCAGAUGUGGUGAUCCAGCUCCUAGAUACCAAUGACAAUAUCCCCAAGUUCACCUCCCAGUACUACAUUGCCAGGAUCCCUGAAAAUUCCCCAGGGAACACUAACGUGGUGUCUGUCACAGCAGUGGAUCCAGACACAGGCCCCUGGGGUGAAGUGAAAUAUUCCAUCUACGGGAGCGGAGCAGACCUGUUCCUUAUCCACCCCUCCACCGGGAUCAUCUAUACCCAGCCCUGGGCCAUCCUGGAUGCUGAAACCACUGCCAAGUACAACUUCUAUGUGAAGGCAGAGGACUUGGAGGGCAAGUACAGCCUGGCCGAGGUGUUCAUCACUCUGCUGGAUGUCAAUGACCACUAUCCUCAGUUUGGACAGGAUCUCCAGCAGAAAACCAUGGUGCUGGGGACUCCACUGAAAAUUGAGGCCACAGACCAGGAUGCAGAGGAACCCAACAACUUGGUAGAUUAUUCUAUCACUCACGUGGAGCCAGCCAACGUGUUCGACAUUGACACACACACAGGGGAGAUCCGGCUGAAGAAUUUCAUCCACUCCUUGGACACUCUCCACAAACUCACAUCUGGCAGGGACAGCACGUGGUCCCUUGAAGUACAGGCCAAGGAUCGAGGUUCUCCCUCCUUCAGCACCACAGCUCUGCUCAGGAUUGACAUCACAGACACAGAGACUCUGUCCCUGAGCCCCAUGGCUGCCUUCCUGAUGCAGACCAAAGACAACCCCAUGAAGGCUGUGGGCAUGCUGGCCAGUGUCAUGGCUAUCGCUGUGGUUCUCACAGUCAUCAUCUCCACAGCCACCUUUUGGCUCAACAAGAAGUCCAACAAGAUCUUGCCUGUGCAGCGCAUGCUCCGCAGGCGUCCCAGUCCUGCGCCCCACACCGUCCGCAUGGAGUGGCUCAAAUUCAAGAAAGCAAAGGCUGCAGCCAAGUUUGUGCUCAGAGAGGAUGCUACCCAAGAGAACUGCAACAACAACAGGCUGGGAAGCACCCCCAGGGCCCCUGUCCCCCCCCCUCCACCCAGAAUGGUUCCCACCAUGAGCACUGACCCCUACACUGUGCCUACGGUCUCUGGCUCACUGGCCCCCCAGAAGUCCCAGAGGUUACCAAAGCCAAAGGCCUCAGAAAGCCCCAUACAAUCAGCUCUGGUUUUGGAACUCAUGCAAAAGUUUGAAAAAAGUGUAGACAAAAAGGCUUACUUCUAG